AUGGAUUGCUUCAAGAGUCUUCUUCUUCAGCUACUUCACCAAUCACAUCUCUCAACAACGUGUGCUGCAUCUUGGACAGAACAUUUUGUGCACAUGUACAACCGUUAUACAGCCGAUAUCGCCGGCUUUCCCGAAGACAGCGCUGCCCCGGCCGCCGCGACACUAUCACGCCCCCUGUUCCCUGAAACCGAUCUCAGCCAAGGCAUAGUGGGUUGGGAUGGGCAAGAUGACCCUAACAAUCCCCAGAACUUUGCCAAUGGGCGCAAAUGGGGCUUGCUCGCUCUAAUCAGCUCUAUCACCUUCAUCUCGCCGCUUGCCUCGAGUAUGUUCUCGCCGGCGGUGAGUUACGUUGGGGACGACUUCGGCGUGUCCAACGAAUACCUCCUAUCAUUCAGUGUUACCAUUUUUCUGCUGGGAUAUACAUUCGGACCCCUCUUCCUCGCCCCGCUGAGUGAGAUCUACGGGCGGCGCAUCGUGCUCAGCUGUGCCAACUGGUUCUUCGUUGUCUGGCAGAUCGGCUGUGCGCUGGCGCCCAACAUCUCCGCGCUGAUCGUCUUCCGUCUCUUCGCCGGCAUGGGGGGUGUCGGCAGUCUGACGCUCGGCGCCGGUGUCAUCGCCGACCUUUUCCCCACCGAACAACGCGGCAUGGCCACCUCGAUCUGGGCUCUCGGCCCGCUCAUCGGUCCCGUCGCGGGACCCAUCGCCGGUGGCUUCAUUGGCGAAACCAUCGGCUGGCGCUGGGUGUUUUGGAUACUGCUGAUUGCCAGUGGCGUCAUCUCCAUGGGUAUCGAGGUCCUCAACCGGGAGACCUACGCCCCCGUCCUGAUCCGAUGGAAGACUGAGCGGCUCGCCAAAGAACUCAACCGGACCGACCUGCGCAGCGCCUAUGAUAAAACCACCGGCCAGCAGCGCCCCAGCGUCGCCGAAGCCCUAAAACUCGGCCUCAGCCGACCCAUCAUCCUCCUCUUUAAAUCCCCCAUCGUGCUGAUGCUCUCCAUCUACAUGGCUUUCGUCUACGGCCUCCUCUACCUCUUCUUCACCACGAUCUCGACCGUCUUCCAAGAAGACUACGGCUGGUCCACGGGCAUCUCAGGUCUCGCCUACCUGGGCAUUGGAAUCGGCUUCCUGACCGGCCUCACCCUGAUCGCCUUCAGCAGCGACCGUAUCGUCGCCAAACUCACGGCGCGCAACGCCGGCAAAUUCGAGCCCGAGAUGCGUCUGGUCACGAUGAUCUUCUUCAGCUGUAUUCUUCCGAUCAGCUUCUUCUGGUACGGCUGGUCCGCCAAGUACAAGACCCAUUGGAUCGUCCCCAUCAUCGGCAUGGCCCCCUUCGGCAUCGGCAUGAUGGGCAUCUACAUGCCCAUCCAGACUUAUGUGAUCGACUGCUACCCCGCCUACGCCGCCUCGGCCAAUGCCGCCCUCACCGCCACGAGAUCGCUGGUCGGGGCGCUGCUGCCGCUGGCGGGCCCGGCCAUGUUCGAUGCGCUGGGGCUGGGGUGGGGGAACUCGUUGCUUGGGUUUAUCGCGUUGGCGUUUGUGCCGGUGCCGAUUCUGUUUAAUCGGUAUGGGAAGGGGAUUCGGGAGAAGUUUCCGGUGGACUUGGAGGGGAAGAAGGGGAAGUAG